AUCCGUCGCGUUUGAAAGCAUGCGGAUGGACGAGAAGGUUUGAGACGUGUAUCCGCGUGUGAUAGAGAUCAGCAGGGCCGGGCCUAAGGCGCAGGAACACUAGAGCUCGGCUUUAAAGCAUCUUCUACUGGGGAAAAAAUCAAAAGAAGGGAAAAAGAUGCAAGAAUAAAAGUUUAAGACGGGAGAGAAAGAGCGAGCAUGUAAGAGGUGAGAAAGGGAAGAUGAAGGGCUCCUGGGGCAGUGACACAGCUGGGAGAAGGUCAUGAUCACUUAGGGGACAAAAACACAGAAGUUUGGACAAAGUCAUGGCGCACAAUCAGGAGCCCGGAGCCGCCGUGCAGACGCGCAACAGGCGCAGAGGGAGAAAGGACAGUAAGACCAGGACCGUGCACGCGAACGUGGUGUACGAGCAGCACAAGGACAACCGGCUGUACGCCAACAACAAGAUCAAGACCACCAAGUACACCGUGCUGUCCUUCAUCCCCAAGAACCUGUUCGAGCAGUUCCACCGCUUCGCCAACGUUUACUUCGUCUUCAUCGCGCUGCUCAACUUCGUGCCGCUCGUCAACGCGUUCCAGCCGGUGCUCGCGCUCGCGCCGGUGCUCUUCAUCCUGUCCGUUACCGCCAUCAAAGACCUGUGGGAGGAUUACAGGAGACACCGAUCUGACCAGGAGAUCAACCACAUGGACUGUCUGGUUUACAGCAGAACCGAGCGGCGUUACGUGGAACAGUACUGGAAGGAUGUGCGUGUGGGAGACUUCAUCCGUCUGCGCUGUAACGAGAUCGUUCCUGCUGACGUGCUGCUACUGAGCUCCAGCGAUCCGGACCGACUGUGUCACAUCGAGACGGCCACGCUGGACGGAGAGACCAACCUGAAGCAGAGGCAGGUGGUGCGGAGCUUUAUCGACCUGGACACUGAGUUCGACCCCAUGAAGUACAACAGUGUUAUCGAGUGUGAGAAGCCAAACAACGACCUGAACCGUUUCCGUGGUUACAUACUCCAUCGUAAUGGAAGGAGAGAUGGUCUCUACAAAGACAACCUGCUGCUUAGAGGCUGCACCAUUCGUAACACAGAGGAAGCUGUGGGCAUCGUCAUCUAUGCAGGUCAUGAAACUAAAGCCAUGUUAAACAACAACGGGCCGCGAUACAAACGAAGUAAACUGGAGCGGAGGAUGAACGUCGACGUCUUCUGGUGUGUCAUCAUCCUGCUGGUCAUGUGUCUGUUCUCCGCCAUCGGUCACGGUUUGUGGAUGUUUCAGUACGGUGAUAAGAGGCCAGUGUUUGAUGUUCUGAGUCCUGAGGGAACUGAUCUGUCUCCGGUCGUCUCGGCCGUGUAUCUGUUCCUCACCAUGAUCAUCGUGUUCCAGGUGCUGAUCCCCAUCUCACUCUUCGUCUCCAUCGAGAUCGUGAAGAUCUGUCAGGUUUACUUCAUCCACCAGGACGUGGAGCUGUAUGACGAGGAGACGGACUCUCACCUGCAGUGUCGAGCUCUCAACAUCACAGAGGACCUCGGCCAGAUGCAGUACAUCUUCUCUGAUAAGACGGGAACGCUCACCGAGAACAAGAUGGUGUUCCGCCGCUGCACCGUGGCUGGAGUCGAGUACUCACAUGACGCUAACGCGCGGAGGCUGGCGAUGAUGUACCAGGACGUGGACUCUGAGGAGGAGGAGUGUGUGUCUCACGGAGGAACUUUACCCAGGAGAGACAGUGUGUGUAGUCAACACAGCGGCCGAGUCGUCCUGCGCUCACAGAGCACCAAAUCACAUCGACGCACAGGGAGCAGAGCCGAGGCCAAGAGGGCCAGCAUCCUGUCCAAACACACCGCCUUCAGCAGCCCCAUGGAGAAAGACAUCACUCCGGAUCCUCAGCUGAUGGAGAAGGUGAACGAGUGCGGCAGUCAGAUGGAGUUCAUGCGCUUCCACAAUCAGCUCCUCAGCCAGAUUCCUCCUGACCUGUGUGACGUCUUCGACUUCUUCAUCGCUCUCACCAUCUGCAACACGGUGGUCGUGUCGUCGCCCAAUCAGCCACGCCAGAAGGUGCGUCGUUUUGAGCUGAAAUCUCCGGUAAAGACCAUUGAGGACUUUAUCAAGCGCUUCACGCCAAGUCGCCUGACGUCCGGCUCCAACAACAGCAGCUCGUCCAGCCUGGCCACCAAAUGCUCGUCGUCUCAGCGUGCCACCUCCAGCGUCCUGUCGUCUCCGUCAGCCGAGAUUGCGCUGGCUAAGCUAGACGAGGAGCGUUUGCAGCAGGCCUUCAGCCCCGUCCUUCAAGGACACUCCAGGGCUCCUGCUCGUGAUGAAGGCGAGCUACGUUAUGAAGCGGAGUCUCCGGAUGAAGCGGCUCUGGUGUACGCCGCGCGGGCCUACAACUGUGCCCUGGUGGGCCGACUGGCGGAUCAGGUGACUGUGGAGCUGCCACAUGUGGGGAAGCUAAGCUUCGAGCUGCUGCACACGCUCGGGUUCGACUCCACACGUAAGCGCAUGUCUGUGGUGGUGCGACAUCCACUGACCGAGCAGAUUACCGUCUACACCAAAGGAGCCGACUCGGUCAUCAUGGACCUCAUCAGACCACCUGCAACAGACUCCAAAGGCAAACGUCAACGCAAAAUUCUGUAUAAAACCCAGAAUUACUUGAACCUGUACGCCGCUGACGGCCUCCGAACUCUGUGCAUCGCCAAAAAGGUCCUCAGUAAAGAAGAGUAUGCCUGCUGGCUGCGGCGCCACCUAGAGGCUGAAACGGCCAUCCAGGGCAGAGAGGAGCUGCUGUUCGAGUCCGCGCUUCGACUGGAGACCGAUCUACAUCUGUUAGGGGCAACAGGGGUCGAGGACCGGCUGCAGGACGGCGUACCGGAGACCAUCGCUGCUCUGAGGACGGCGGGGCUGCAGAUCUGGGUUCUGACGGGGGACAAACAGGAGACAGCCAUCAACAUCGCCUAUGCCUGCAAACUGCUCGACCCCGAGGAGGAAAUCAUCACACUCAACGCCGACUCGCAGGAGGCCUGUGCUGUUCUUCUUGAUGAAAGCUUGCACUACAUCCACUCUAAGUUCCUGUGCAGUUCCUCGUCUGAUCCUCAUGCAACCCGGCUUGUCCAGCAGGACUACACCAGCAUUCACUUCCUGUCUCCAAGCUCUGGCUCCACCCCCUCAGGCCCGUUCCUGGUGCACCGGCUGGGACUGGUGAUCGAUGGCCGCACUCUGGCCUACGCUCUGGAUAAGGGUCUGGAGGAUAAGUUCUUGGCUGUGGCUCGGAGCUGCAGGUCAGUGCUGUGCUGUCGCUCUACACCGCUGCAGAAGAGCAUGGUGGUCAAACUGGUGCGCAACAAGCUCAAGGUCAUGACCCUGGCCAUAGGUGAUGGGGCUAAUGAUGUGAGUAUGAUCCAGGUGGCAGACGUUGGUGUGGGCAUCUCUGGGCAGGAGGGCAUGCAGGCGGUGAUGGCCAGUGAUUUCGCUCUUCCUCGUUUUCAGUACCUGCAGAAGCUCCUCCUGGUCCAUGGACACUGGUGCUACUCUCGUCUGGCCAACAUGAUCCUCUACUUCUUCUACAAAAACGCUAUGUUUGUGGCUCUCAUCUUCUGGUAUCAGUUCUACUGCGGCUUCUCCGGCUCGUCCAUGAUCGAUCAGUGGUAUCUGAUCUUCUUCAACCUCAUGUUCUCGGCGUUCCCGCAGCUCAUCACCGGGACGCUAGACAAAGACGUUUCCAUGGAGACGCUGCAGGAGCUGCCGCAGCUCUACAUGAGCGGACAGAACUCUGAGGAAUAUAAGCCCUACAUGUUCUGGAUGAAUAUGAUCGAUGCUUUCUACCAAAGUCUCGUCUGUUUCUUCAUCCCCUACUUUGCGUACGCUGACUCUGAUGUAGAUCUGUUUACCUGGGGCACGCCCAUCACCACCCUCGCACUCCUCACCAUCCUGCUGCAGCUCGGCAUCGAAACCAAAACCUGGACGUGGAUGAACUGGGCAUCUAUAGCGUUCAGUGUGGGGCUGUUCUUCACCGUGGCUCUGUGCUACAACGCCUCCUGCCCCACAUGUUACUCCCCCUCCAACCCCUACUGGACCAUGCAGAAGCUUCUGGGAGAUCCUCUCUUCUAUCUGCUGUGUGUUGUCACACCCAUCGCUGCUCUUCUGCCCAGAUAUUUCUACCGAGCGUGUCAGGGUUCCCUGUUUCCGAGCCCGUUGCAGGUUGGACGUCAGCUGGACAGAUUCCCGCCGGAGCUGCGUAGACGUCUGCUGCACCAGAGCCAGACCAAUCUCUUCCCGUUCUCCAGACCUUUUAUCAAACCCUGCAGCUCCAUGCUGACUCAUCCUCAACCUCACCCGGCCCACACCAGGCACAAGCCCACAGUCUCUGAUCUCAGCAUGUCUAAGAGCAUGGAGAUGAAGGACACGUCCCAAACUUCCAGGAACACAGAGAACCACGUGGUGCAGAACUCAAAGUAUUCUCCACACGGAGCUAGUGAGAGCAGCACACUACCGUACACCAAAGAUCAGCCUCAUCCUGACCCUGGUGUGCUCACGUCCACACCACUGCUGCCUCACACGGACAGCGUGCGGCUCGCGUCGCCCCCCUGUGGAGGUGUCGCUUAUAAGAAGGGUUCUGACGUCUCGGAGAACCUGACGCCCGGGCCACUCCGAGAACACUCGGGUUCCUGAUGCAGAGGAUUUCACUCCAAAUUUGCACGUUUUUUUUUUUAAUUCUAUUUUUCAGAAUUAUUUUAUGACAUGGGUACUAUUAUUAUAUACAGUCUAUAUUUUAGAUGUGUACAGGUUUUUCAGAAUAAAGAUUAUUUUGUUUUGGAGUAGAGACGACUACAUGUUCAAACUGGAUUGUCUUAAUGUGUUUUUACCAGGAAAAAAUCUUCCCAAGUUCAUUUCCUCCAGAGACGUUCUGUUCCUUUAUCUAAGCUGUUAUUUAUUUGGACCUGGAGCUUAAAGACACACACACACACACACACACACAAGUGCAUGCCUACAAACACACACGUGCAUGCCUAUAGACACACACAGACACACAUACAGACACACACACACACACAAGUGCAUGCCUACAGACACACACAAACACACACACACAGACACACACAGACAGACACAAACACAAGUGCAUGCCUACAGACACACACAGACACACACAGACAGACACAAACACAAGUGCAUGCC